ACAUUUGAGACUUCUACGAUUUUCUAAAAUAAAUUUUCCGUCCCGGCGGCGGCUGGCCGACGGUUGUUGAUUAGAGCUCGUUGUGCCGAAGAAGAAGAAGGGAUUGGACAGAAUGAGCCUUUAUAUGCCCUUAUUCAAAUCCAGCACCACAUUAAGAACGCUCGCUCAACUCCAUGCCCACAUCAUCGUCACUGCUCUUCACAAUGACCCACUUCCUUCCACAAAGCUCAUCGAAUCAUAUUCCCAAAUGGGCGACCUUCAAUCUUCAACAUCCGUCUUUCGCACCUUCCACUCUCCCGAUUCCUUCAUGUGGGGCGUUCUUCUCAAAUCCCAUGUCAGGAGCGGCUUCUAUCAGGAAGUCAUUUCUCUGUAUCACCAAAUGUUGUCCCAACAAAUUCAGGCCAAUUUCUACACAUUCCCUUCCGUUUUGAGAGCUUGUUCCAGGUUUGGCGAUCUGGGUGUUGGCCAAAAGGUUCAUGGAAGGAUUAUUAAAUCUGGGUUUGAUAUGGAUCCUUUUGUGAACACCGCGUUGCUGAGUGUGUACGGGGAGUUGGGCUACUUAGAUAGUGCACGGAAGGUAUUUGAUGGAAUGCCCCUCAGAGAUUUGGUCUCCUGGAGUUCCAUCAUUUCGAGUGCUGUUGAGAAUGGAGAGAUAAAUGAAGGUUUGGACGCUUUUCGUUGUAUGGUUUCUGAAGGUGGGGCACCGGAUUCUGUUUUGGUACUCACUGUGGUUGAGGCUUGCGGUGAAUUGGGAGUUCUGAGGCUGGCGAAGUCUGCUCAUGGCUAUAUCUUGAAAAGGGGAAUUGAAAAUGAUAGGUUUGUGGGUAGUUCUUUGAUUUUAAUGUAUGCUAAAUGUGACAGCUUACGUUGUGCGGAGAUUGUCUUUGAGAAUGUCACUAUCCGUAGCACUUCCACUUGGACUGCAAUGAUCUCCAGCUAUAACCUAGGUGGUUAUUUCAAGGAAGCGCUAGCUUUGUUUGUUUCAAUGCUAAAGACUGAAGUUGAACCAAAUUCUGUGACUAUGAGGAUUAUUCUACGUUCUUGUACUAAUUUGAGUCUUCUAAGACAAGGGAAAUCUGUUCACUGUGUUGUCAUAAAGAAUGAUUUAGACGCUAAUCUUGAUUGUCUAGGACCAACUUUACUUGAACUAUAUGCCGCGACUGCAAAACAUGAUCUCUGUGAGAAGAUACUUCAUGAAAUUGGAGGGAGAGGAAUUGUAGUUUGGAAUACACUCAUUUCCGUUUAUGCUCAGAAGGGGUUGUGGAAGGAGACAAUUGAUCUCUUUGUGAGGAUGCAGAAACAGGGGUUUCUGCCUGACUCAUUCAGCUUGGCAAGUUCUCUUUCUGCAUCUGGAAAUGAAGGCAAGUUUCAACUGGGAUUGCAAAUACACGGUCAUGCUAUCAAGAGACCUUUCGAGGAUGAAUAUGUUUUCAAUUCGCUAAUCAACAUGUAUUCAAAAUGUGGCUAUGUAGAUCUGGCAUACAUGAUAUUUGAUCAGAUGGAACCAAAAGGUGUAGUGACAUGGAAUUCUAUGAUCAGUGGGUUAUCUCAGAAUGGUUACUCUACUAAAGCAAUCAGGUUAUUUGAUCUGAUGUAUUUUACCUGUCCUGAGAUUGGGGAAGUUGCAUUUGUAAGUGUGAUUCAAGCCUGCUCCCAUUUGGGUUUUCUGGAGAAAGGGAAAUGGAUCCACCACAAGCUUAUUACUUGUGGUGUUCGAAAAGAUAUUUUUAUUGAAACAGCUUUAGUUGACAUGUAUGCUAAGUGUGGAGAUCUCCAAACAGCCCAGCGAGUUUUCGACAAUAUGUCGGAGAGGAGUGUAGUGUCAUGGAGUUCUCUUAUUUCCAGCUAUGGGGUGCAUGGCCAGAUUAGUGAGGUUAUCUUCCUUUUCUCAAAAAUGCUUGAAUCAGGAAUAAAACCUAAUGAUGUUACUGUCAUGAAUGUUCUUUCAGCAUUUAGUCAUGCUGGUUGUGUAAAAGAAGGGAUGCUGUUCUUCAACUCCAUGAGGGAUUUCGGAAUUGAGCCCAAAAGAGACCACUUUGUUUGCAUAGUCGAUCUUCUUAGUCGUGCAGGUGACCUCGAUAGAGCAUACGAAAUAAUCAAAUUGAUGCCAUUUCCACCUGGUGCUAGCAUAUGGGGUGCUCUGCUAAAUGGCUGCCGAAUCCACCAGAGAAUGGACAUAGCCAAGAACAUCCAAAGAGAACUGUGGAACAUUCAGACAGCUGAUACAGGACACUAUACAUUGUUAUCAAAUAUAUACGCCGCAGGGGGGGAAUGGAAUGAGUUCAGGAAAGUUAGGUCAAUGAUGAAGGGUACAGGGCUGAAAAAGGUUCCUGCAUACAGUGUAGUGGAGCUUGGUAAGAAAGCUUACAGAUUUGGAGCCGGAGAUGCCUCUCACCCUCAAUUAAAACAUACAUAUAGCAUUUUGAAUAAUACUAAGAGAUCUUCUCGAGAAGAAGUUAAUAGUGUACAGCCACACUUUUCAUUGUAUCAUACAAGUUCUCAUUCAAUUCGACAUCUUGUUUUAUAAGUUAACGUUGUCUCGUAGUAAAUUUUGCUUUGAAA